AGAGAAAACCAAUCAAGACUCCUGAAGAUAGUUGAUGCCUUUGUGUCAUUUGCAGUUGAAAAACUGGGUGACUUUCUCAUACAAGAAGUUGCAUUGCGCAUAAGUCUGAGAGAGGAUGUGCAGUGGCUGAGAAAUGAGCUGCUCUUCAUGCAAUAUUUCCUCAAAGAUGCAGAACAAAAGCAAGUUGAAGAUAAAAGAUUUCAACAAUGGGUAUUUGAAAUCAACUCUAUUGCUAAUGACGCUGUCGCUAUACUGGAGACUUACAUCUCCAUGGCAGGAGAGUCCGAUGACCAUGGAUUUGCUAGUCGUCUUAAGGCUUGCGCUUGCAUAUGUAGGAAGGAGACCAAAUUCUACAACAUCAGCAAGGAGAUCCAAUCCCUGAAGAAGCGAGUCAUGGAUAUCUCUCGCAAACGGGAGACGUAUGGUAUUAGAGACAUCAACAAUGCAGGAGAAGGGCCAAGUAAUAAGUCCGCUAUGGUUAGAACAUUGAGGAGAACUACCUCCUAUAUAGAUGACGAUCAUAUUUUUGUUGGCUUUCGGGAUGUUGUAGAAAGCUUGCUAGCUGAAAUUCUCAAAGCAGAGCCUCGCCGAAGCGUCAUCUCCAUUUAUGGUAUGGGUGGUUUAGGCAAGACUACUCUUGCAAGAAACCUCUACAACUCUCCUAAUGUAGUCUCUAGCUUCCAAACACGCACUUGGAUAUGUGUUUCUCAAGAGUACAACACCAUGGAUCUCCUUAGGAAUAUCAUAAAAUCCAUUCAAGGUCGCACAAAGGAAAGUCUGGAUUUGUUAGAAAAGAUGACAGAGACGGAUCUAGAAAUUCACCUUCGUGACCUAUUGAAAGACCGCAAAUACCUUUUGGUGGUUGAUGAUGUAUGGCAGAGAGAAGCAUGGGAAAGUUUGAAAAGAGCCUUCCCAGAUAGCAAGAAUGGCAGCAAAGUUAUUAUUACCACACGCAACGAGGAUGUUGCUAAAAGAGCAGAUGAUAAAGGUUUUGUCUAUAAACUCCGUUUCCUAAGGAAAGAAGAAAGUUGGGACCUCUUUUAUAGGAAACUACUUGACGUUCAAGCAAUGGUCCCAACAAUGGAAAGCCUAGCUAGAGAUAUGGUGGACAAAUGUGGAGGCUUACCUCUUGCAAUUGUUGUAUUAAGCGGACUACUUUCGCAUAAAAGGGGGCUACAAGAAUGGCAAAAGGUGAAAGCACAACUUUGGCGGCAUAUGAAAGAUGACUCUAUUGAAAUCUCCUACAUACUAUCACUGAGCUACAAUGAUUUGUCAACUGUACUCAAGCAAUGUUUUCUUUACUUUGGUAUUUUUCCAGAAGAUCAUUUGAUCUAUGUUGACAACAUAAUGUGGUCGUGGAUGGCCGAAGGAUUCAUACCAGAAGGAGAAGAAAAAACAGAGGAUGUAGCUGAGGGCUUCCUCAAUGAGCUAAUAAGACGAAGCUUGAUUCAAGUGGUAGGUACAAGUUGGAAAAAAGAUGUUAGAUGCAAGAUGCACGAUCUACUUCGGGAUCUUGCCGUGCAAAAGGCAUUGGAGGUAAAAUUAUUUGACAUUUAUGAUCCAAGAAAGCAUUCCAUAUCCUCCUUAUGUGUCAGACACAUCAUUCAUGGUCAAGCACAAAGGUACCUCUCACUUGAUCUUUCUAACUUGAAAUUAAGGUCAAUUAUGUUCUUUGAUCGAGAUUUUUUUAAGAUUGGUCUUAUAAAGUUUCAUGAUGUCUUCCAACAUAUAUAUGUGUUAUACUUGGAGAUUGGUUCUGGCGCUAUUCUACCUGAUGCCAUAGGAAGUUUGUACCACCUCAAGUUCUUAAGCUUGAGAGGUAUCCGUGAUCUUCCCUCCUCCAUUGGCAGCCUCAAAAAUUUACAGACACUUCGUGUCUUGAAUGACUAUAGACACUUAUGUCAACUACCCCCAGAAACAGCUAACCUAAUAAAUCUAAGACAUAUAGUUGCUUUGUAUUCAAGACCUCUGCAACUUAGCAAACUCACAAGUCUUCAAGUUCUUAAAUACAGUUGUUGUGAUCAGUGGAGAGAUGUUGAUCCCGUUGAUUUAGUCAAUCUUCAAGAAUUAGGCAUGUAUGAUAUUAUGAAUACUUACUCCCUAAAUAACAUUGGCAGCUUGAAAAACCUUAGCUCUCUCAUGUUGCGUUGUAAAGUUGAUGAAUCAUUCCCAACCCUUGAAUAUCUUAGUUCUUGUCAAAAGCUCGACAAAUUGUGGUUAGAGGGGAGAAUAGAAAAAUUGCCUCUCUUGGAACAUUUUCCAUAUUCCAUCACAAUGAUGGUCCUUUGGAAGUCAGAACUCAUGGAGGAUCCGAUGCCUAUUUUGGGAAUGUUGCCAAAUCUAAGGGAUCUGGAUUUAGUAGGAGCUUAUGAAGGAAAAGAAAUUACCUGCAGUAAUAACAGCUUUUAUCAACUAGAAUUUCUUCGUCUUGAUGGUCUUCAGAAUUUAGAAAGAUGGCAUUUAUCCACAAGUUCCAUGCCUCGCAUUAAAGGAUUUGGUAUCCAUGAUUGUUUAAAGCUGAAGGAGAUUCCGCAGAGAAUGAAAGACGUUGCUAUCCUGGAGAAGUUGAAGGGCAUCGAUCAAGAGUUUGGCGAACAUUACAGUGUCACUAGUUUAGGAUGAAGCUUUUCAAGCAUAUAUGAUGUCUUAUCAAUUUCGACCUCUUUCACAAUGGCAGAGGUGAAACAGGAGAAAUUAAAUGAUGCGGCAUCUUUUUUGCAAGCACAGAAGCACUUCAAGACCUUUGCAUCGAUGAGAGAUUGCCCAACCUUCGGCAUUUUCUUUAUGUUUUGUUUUUGUGAGUGUUUGGAAUUGGUUUGAAGAGAAUUGUGUUUGGACUGUUGUUGAUUUUGUAUUUUGAGAGUUUUAAUUUCUUUGUUCCAAAACAAGACAUGUUUAGAAAAGAAAACAGAACACCUGUUUUCAGAAAACAAACAAAAACAAUUUGCCUACAGCUUGUUGCUGUAAUAACUAAGUACUAUAAAUAAGUAUGAGAUUUAAGGUUUGAGUUUCUGAAAGGAAUUCUUCAAUUGUUAUAUUAUGCAAGAAUAUGAUUGUUGAA